AUGCUUGUUUCCUCAUCGCCCAGCAGCAGCAGCCUCUUGGUGAAUCCGCCUGUCUGCUCCUCUGGCUCCUCUGGCUCCUCUGGCUCGUCUGCGCGAACGAGCUGUUACCGUAGCAGUUCCAAGCUUCGCAGCGUCUCAGCAGUGGCGUUGGAGGGUUUUUUUUCCUUUUUUUUUUUUUCUUCGCUGGCAUCAGAGAAAAAAAGCCUCCAGCUGCGGCGGCUAUACAUAACUACAUCCAACGCCCGCCCUCGCUCUCUCGACCUUCGCACUCCAGCUGCUUGCUUCUGCCUGCCCGCCGUCCUCCAUCUACCUGUAUCUACCGUCCUGUCCCUGCGGCAGGCCCUCGCAUGCCCGUCUCGCUCUGCCCAGCCCAGUCCCGGUCGAGGUCGCGCCCAUAGCCCUCGAGCAGCUCGUAUUCUCGCCGUCGAUCGAGCCCCUGGCCGCGCUGCUGAGGACUGCCGCAGCAGCAGCAAGACGAAGAACCAGCAGCAAGAAGAAGAAGAAGCAAGCAAGAGAAUCACGCCAGGGAGACUCCCAGGCCGAAUGACGAUGGCAGACUAUCGCUCGCCUGUAUACAAGGCGCCUCCCCGCAAGCCGGUGCCAGGCAAUGCCGGCUUCCAGUUCCACACGCUCGACUCCCGCAGCAGCAGCAGCUCGCCGCAUCUCCCCGAGGGCCCGUCGCACCUCCACGCCGCCAGCGUCUCCAGCAUCGCCAGGCCCGCCAGCUCCCAGUACCGCCCGCGCACCGCCAGCUCCUCCUUCCUGCCCGCCGACAUGCUGCCCGUCAGAGAGUCUGUCGCGGGGUUUCCGCUGCCGCAGCAGGGUCAGCAGUUCUAUCAGCAGUCCCAGCAGCAGCAGCAGCAGUACUCCCAGCGCCAGUUCCACCAGCAGGCAGCCUCUCCACAGAACUACCAGCAGCAGCAGUUCUACCAGGCCCAGCAGUAUCCCCAGCAGCAGAAAUACCCCCAGCACCAGCUGCAGGCACAGUACGGUGCUGCCCCGCCGUCGCGUAGAGCGUCGAAUGCAACGACUUGCACCACCUCUACCGGCGGCGGAAACGUUGCCCCAGCCCGCCAGAUGAGCCAGGUCAGUUUCGAUACCAGAUACAGCACCAUCUCCCAGCGGCCGCAGAUCAGCUACGUGGCUCUCCUGCGCAAGCAAAAGGCCACCGUCUGGUGCGAUCGGGCUCAGGCAGAGGACCCCCGCCUGCUCGCCCAGCGCCGUGCUGCCAAACAGCGAGCCCUGCUCGAAGUCCACGGCAGCUCCUCCACCCGCAGCAGCACCCUGAUCAGCGGAGGCAAGAUCAGGCACAGCGGCAACGGCCGUUCCAUAAGCUACAACACCAGCACAAUGGUUGGCGCCGGCGUGCCCUUGCGACUGAGCGCAAACGAGGUCGGAGGCGCAGACGACGGGCUCGACGACCGCAUAGACGCCAGCCAGCUUAUACAUCGCCGUACGGGCAGCAGCAGGAGCUCGACGGCCAGCAAUCGCAUAUCUGCUGCUCACCAGCGGGCCGCUGGCCAGACUCGUCUCAGCAGCAGCAGCAGCGCAAACAACACCCCUCCCAACGCAGACAUACCAGACAUCAUCGAGACGCCUGCUGCCACCCUGGAGAAUAUCAAGGACGAAGACUUCCUAAAGAAGCCUAAUCGAUCGUCUGCUAAUACCGCCUCCGACCAGCAGCGUCCGACGACCUCACACAGCGAGGAAGAAGACGAGUUCGGCAAGAUUACGGAAAUGGCUGCCCCCACGGGCAUGUCAACGGCCAUGCAGAAACGGAAGAUCUCAGAUGACCUCAAACGGCGAGGCAGCGUCGACGAGCGCACGUCUAGCAUGACCGGCGUCAGGCUUUCGUAG